CCACAGUGUCUCCCGGCCUAGUGGAAACUAAGUUGACUACGGCAAGGUUGAGGAGAGUUAAGGACUGUGCAUGUGAGCAGCAGUCUUUACAGAUCUUGACCCCCGGAAACUUUUCUUUUCUUCUAAACAUUUGAGCGAAUGACUUAAUCAAAGGAAAACAAUUCGAGCAAAAACAAUUUACAACAGCAGCCUUUAACAUUGAAGUUUUAUGUAACUUUUCUGCAGCCUUCAGUCGACAUGACGUUUUGCUUAAGGAUUGCACUGCUUGUAAGUCUUAUUAUUGGGACACAUACACAAGACUUUGAUCUGUUGGAUGCUUUGGGUGAUCCAGAUCCAGAUCCUACUCCAGCAAAGCCCAAAGAUACUGAUGGCUUUGAUCUUUUCGAUGCAUUUGGCCCAGACACUGUGACAAAGAAACCAGUGGCCCCACCCCCUAAGGAUGGUGGAGCUGGAGGUGAUGACUUCAAUAUUUUGGACGCCUUUGACAAUGAGCCGAAGAAACCAGAUCCAAAGAAACCGUCUGGAGGUGGAAUUGAUGGCUUUGAUCUAGAGGAUGCUCUUGGUCCAGACCCAAAGCCUGACAAACCUGCUGUUGUUCCACCUAAAAGUGGAGGCACUGGAGGGGGCUCCUUUGAUGACGGGGACCUUUUUGACAUAGGCAAUGAUAAUGAGUACAAGCCUGAUGGAGGCAAACCGGGAGGACGUGCCAGUGACCCUGGCUCCAACCAGGGAGGUGGUGCAGAUCAACCUCAAGAUCUAGAUCAUCUGUGGGGCCAGUUCCUGAAGCUUCUAGAUGCUAACAUGCCAGCGGAGGUCCAAGUUUGGAUAAACAACUUGAAACGUGUAGUGAAACCCCUGUUAGAGAGAGCCAAUGAACUGUUUGAAGUGGGCCAGUGAGUCUUGAUGGCUCUCUGGAAGCCCUGGCCUUUUCUGUUUGCUCCUUGGGUAGGACUGUGUAGGGUGUAUAGUUUUCUUGGGAUCUAGGCUUUUGAGUUUCUUUUGAAACCCAGAACAAACUGUACAACUGUGCGUUCUUCUGUUAUAAUAAUGACUUCUGUCAGAUAUGGAAAAGGGUUUGUUUUCUCUUGAUGGACUGGGUGAGUCACCCGUCAACACCCCACCCUUCCUUUUUUCUUUUUGAUGUGAUUUUUUAUCAUACAUGUUUAUCACGUGAUUGAUUACACCUGAACAUGUGUUCGGUCAAUGGUUGUUAGAACCAUUUAUGAGCCAUUAUUUAAAAUAUCAGUGAAGCAGGGUUGGGAGUAAAGAGAGAAAUGGCUCCAAAGUACUCGUACAAGGUCAAGCUGACUGCUGUCAGUCAAAAAGUUUUUUUUAUUGUCUUCACUAUUCUACACACUGUAGUUGUUCAUGAUCCAGUGAUGACUACUAUUUUCACUGAAGGCAUACAAUACAUAAUUGCCCAUGUCUGCUGAAGUUGUAAAUAAUAUGCCUCAACAUUCCAUUUUGAUACUGAAGGAAACAUCAAUGUCUGGCAAAUACAGACAAAUAUUAAGAUACUGUUUCACAAUGGUGUUAACACAAGCCUUUUAAAUAUGAAAUGCUUGAAGAUAGACCAGCUGAAGUGACAGAAAUGUUGGACAGCUAAGAAGGCCCUUGGGUUCAUUUUGAUCUGAAAAAACAUCCCUUUCCCUACCAUAGCUGCUGUUAAUUCUCACUCUGAAGCUACAGCAGCCCUUCCCCCUGUCAGCUCUGGUCUGCAGACAUUCCUCACGUUACAUGAAGUCCAAACACAGGUGAAGGAUUUGACACGUUUUGACAAGUGCAGAACACACCUUGACGUUCUCCACGUGGUGCUAGCUUUAAGCUCCUUAAAUCAUAUGGGGUAACCCUAUCUGCCAAACUGGACUAUAGUUUGCCUUAUGGAGUUGUUUCAUGUUCAGUAUAUUGUGUUGUUGUUAUUGAUAAUAGAGAAAUAUGUUUGUGGUGGUGAAUACAUUUGUCUUGCUUGCCAGUCUGUAUAAUUUUACCAGGAUACCUUUCUGUAUGCUUUUUUCCAAAACACAAUUUGGUGUGGUUGGUAUUAGAUUGGUUUUAGAAGAGCGGUUGCUUGUGUUUGAGAACUUGAAUGAGCCUGGGUUGUCGUUGUGUGUUGUUCUUUUGGUCUUAAUAAAACCUGUUAAACGUU